AUGUUCCUCCAUUCAUUUGCUCAAACUCACCAAGUAGACGACCUUCCUGAUAUCCACUGUUCCUCCAUUCAUUGCUCCAAACUCACCAAUAGACGACCCUCUGAUAUCCUUGUUCCUCCAUUCAUUUGCUCCAAAACUCAACCAGUAGACGACCCUCUGAUAUCCUGUUUCCUCCAUUCAUUUGCUCAAACUCACCAAGUAGACGACCCUCUGAUAUCCCUUGUUCCUCCAUUCAUUUGUUCAAACUCACCAAAUAGACGACCCUCUGAUAUCCACUGUUCCUCCAUUCAUUUGCUCAAACUCACCAAACGACCUCUGAUAUCCACUGUCCCUCCAUUCAUUUGCUCAAACUCUUCAAAUAGACGACCUCUGAUAUCCUUUGGUUCCUCCAUUCAUUUGCUCAAACUCUACCAAAUAGACGACCUUCUGAUAUCCCUUGUUCCUCCAUUCAUUUGCUCAAACUCACCAAAUAGACGACCUCUGAUAUCCCUUUUGUCUUCCAUUCAUUUGCUCCAAACUCACCAAGUAGACGACCUCUGUAUCCAAUUGCUUCUCUAUUCAUUUGCUCAAACUUUCCAAAUAGACGAAUCUCUGAUAUCCCUGUUCCUCUAUUCAUUUGCUCAAACUCACCAAAUAGACGACCCUCUGAUAUCCUCAUUUCUCCAUUCAUUUGCUCAAACUCACCAAACAGACGACCUUCUGAUAUCCACUGUUCCUCCAUUCAUUUGCUCCACGACCCUGAUAUCCCCUUGUUCCUCCAUUCAUUUGAUAUCCAGACGACUGUUCCUCCAUUCAUUUGCUCAAACUCACCAAGUAGACGACCCUCUGAUAUCCUUUUGUUCCUCCAUUCAUUUGCCCAAAACCUCACCAAAUGGACGACCCUCUGGUAUCCUUUGUUCCUCCAUUCAUUUGCCCAAACUCACCAAGAAGAUGACCUCUGAUAUCCACUUUGUUCCCUCCAUUCAUUUGCUCAAACUCACCAAGCAGACGACCCUCCUGAUAUCCACCGUUCCUCCCAUUCAUUUGCUCAAACCUUUCCAAAUAGACGACCUCUGA